CGAACAACUAGAGUUUUCUUCACCUCGGCAGUAAAUUUACACGGCUAAACUUUUUCGAUACGUUUCGGCUAUUUUUUUUGUUGAUUUAGUGAUCCUGUUCCCAGUUUUCCCCGUCAUCAUGCAGAAACUCAUAGUUAUCGUCCUGCUGGCUACCUUAGCCGUUGCCUCUGCUCAGCUCAUGGGCGGAUUGGGUGGAAUGGGCGGAUUUGGCGGGGGCCUAGGUGGAUUCGGCGGUAUGGGCGGCAUUGGUGGUCUGGGUGGAAUCGGUGGACUGGGCGGUAUGGGCUACGGCGGACUGGGUGGAGGUUUAGGCGGUAUGGGCGGAUUCCCCGGCAUGGGUGCGAUGGGCGGUCUCGGCGGCGGUUUAGGCGGACUCCCGAUGGCGGGCGGCAUCGGUGGACUCCAAGGCGGCAGUGGAUGGGGCGCUGCAGCUCCCAUGGUAGCCGCGGCUCCCGUGCAGACCGCCACCGGGUGGGGACGCAAGUAGUUGACUUUGAUUUCUGCUUGUUGUUCUUGUUCUUGCUAACACUUGUUGUACCGGUACUAACGGAGUUGCGAUGAUGACCGUCCGAGAUAAUUAGCAUUUGCUCAGUGAUUUUAUUAGAAGCUAUG